CUCGAAUAUCUUGUGCUUCACGCCUUCAGCAGCCCAUUCUCGGCGCGCAAUCCUGGAAGAUGUCACGGUCAAAAGUGACGCUGACCCUUUCUGCUUUCACUCCGAAUGGUCAGAUACGAGCGCGCGGAGUGAAGGGUGCGGACAGGACACUUUCACCCUCGAGCCAAUUCGACGAGCCCUCCGCCUUGCGCAUUCAUAAACCCCCAAGCUCAUUCUAAACUCAAUCCCACAAACACCCCUGGGUCAAUCUCAACUUCAAUUCCAAUUUCCAGCUCUCAACUCUUUCGCAAUCACCAUAAGAUGUCUUCAUUCACGAAAGUCAAAUUGUGCUGUCCUUCUGCCGACAAGGGAUUGCCAAACGUCUCCAUCACCACCUCGAACGGCUAUGACUACUGUGUCCAGCACAUCGGUGCACUACUCGGCAUCGACCAGCCAAUCUGGGUGUACACUCUUCAGCAGGAGUCAGUCGACGAUUUCAGCAUCCUGAAGAAUGGCCAGACGCUUCUCGUCGCUACAGACUACUUCGAGAAGCCACUGUCGGACUCGAACAAUGAUGUCUUAGUAGUCACAGAGGGAGCUGCUAAGCGGGCGUGGGCGGCCCUGUCUCGCGUGCAGAAGCGCGACCACGUCGCCACACUCCUAUACUCGGAGACAUCUGUCACAGGCGACAAGACGUACCUCACUGUCCCCGGCAGCGUCGUGACUGCUAGCAUUGCCACGAUCCUAGCCGGCGACACACUAGCUUCGACUCCCGCCGAACCUACCAGCUCAAUUGACGCUUGCGUUGCCAUCAUCAAGGAGAACUGGAACAUGGGACUCGAUGAGUUCCUUGGGUUCCAGGGUAUGAUCAAACCGUACGGCCCAGUGCAGUCGUGGAACAGCAAGUUGCUGCCUGCGCUUGCGUUGUUGAGCGAUGCGACUGCUGGGCAAGGCCAUAUCAUCAAUGGGCUGGUCAUUGAUGCGGUCAAGGCGAGGCGCGGUAAGGUUGUAAAGGUCCGGGAUAUUGUCAAGGUUGGUAGGGAGCUGUAUGCGAAGGCUGAGGCUGAGGCUGAGGCUGGGACUGAGUCUGGGACUGAGGCUUAGUCUGGGACUGAGGCUUAGUGGAUGGUUGUAGGUUCAGAGCAUACCUCCUCUAAGAAAGGUGGAAUCAUACGAUAUGGAUACAGCUUCAACGCUCGUGUGCUAUACACACGCAUUUACUGAACUAUCUAUACGGUAUAUUAGUUCUCG